AUGAAAUUAUCUACUGUAGUUUCGUGUUCUAUCCUGGUGACUACUUCAUUAGCUGCCCAAUCUGCUUUUGAUUUUGACAAAUGGUCCCAUAAUGACCUUUUAGAUUAUGUGAACGAUCACAUGUCUAACUUGAAAGAUGUGGCAAGUGAAUCCAUGGAUGAUCUAAAGAAAGAUGCAUCCGAAGUUUGGGAACAAAAUGCUCAUCCUAAACCAUGGUGGAAGUUCUGGGCUUCUGAUGAUAAGCAGUUUCCAUGGGUAAAGUCAUCAUCCUCACCUGUCUCUGACUGGCUUUUCAAUAGCUGGUCGAAGGAAGAUCUUUAUAACUUUUUGAAGAAACAUAAAAUUGAUGCACAACUGGAAGAUUCUAAAGAUCAAUUGGUCAAUAAGGUUCAGGAAAAUUUUAAUGAUAUUUCAAAGAAACUUGACUCAUCCGGUUAUUAUCCAUCUAGCUCUUAUUUCAAUGAUUGGUCCAUCGACGACUUAAAGAACUGGUUGAAAGAAUAUAACAUCCCAGCUGAAAGAAGUAUUAAAGACAAGAAAGAUGAAUUGAUCAAACAAGUUAGAAAAAAUAUAUAUCAAGUGUCCGCUAAAGUUGAAAAGGAAAGAUUAAAUCUAUUAGAUUCCCUGGAUUUGGCUAACAAGCAAUUCCUUGAUAAGACUGGUGAAUUGAAAGAGAAUAUUUUUGAUACCUGGUCCAAGGAUGAUUUGGAAAAAUGGUUAGCUAGUCAUAAGGUUAAAUUGGAUGAAAAGAUGAUGGACUCACAUGAUUAUUUGGUUGAGACCGCAAACAAUAACUACGAUUUAUUAAAGGAUGAUAUUAAUUGGUAUUUGAAAACAUUGAAGAAAAAAUCAUCUCCAUUUUUGCAAAAGACUCCCGAGUAUGUUGAUUCAGUUUGGGGUUCUGUCUCUUCGAAAGCCGAAGAUGUCUAUUCUAAGACUAAGGGGAAGACUAAUGAAGUUAUCAAUGACACAUUUUUAAUUGGUGUAGACAAUUGGUCAAAGGACAGAUUGAAGGCUUUCCUUGAUAUUCGUGAUAUUAACUACUCUAUGUUUGCUACUAAAAAGGAAUUGGCUCAAAUGGUUAGAGAUUCAAGGAACAAACCAUUGAGAGACGUGAAGGAAGGAUACUUCCAUUACUUAGACACCUUUAAAGAUUGGGCCAAUGAGAAGAGAGAAGCAGUGAAAGAUUCCGACAUGUAUGAAUCUAUGAAUGAUCAGGUGGAAAAUGUUAACAAGAAGGCAGGUGAAUUUAAGGAUAGAGUGAAUGAAGCUUUUGAUACUUGGUCACAAAAGGAUUUGCAAACUUAUUUAGAAGACUUUGGAAUUAAAGCAAAACCUACUUCUACAAGAGAAGAAUUGAUUCAAAAUGCAAAGGAAAACACGCAAUGGUUCUUUGGGUUCGAUCAAGAACCAUAUUACAAGAGAUAUUACCACAAUGCUGCCCAUUGGAUGAAACAACGUUUGAAUUCCAUUCUACCAAAAUUCUGGUGA